AGUGUUCAUAUAAGUGAAACAAGGAAUGGACUUUGUUGCAAUAUAUUUCGCUAUGGGCUCAUCGGAAGGUAAUCUCGCCAUGGGCUCAUCGGAAGAAGCAAAAGCUGUUCUGGCACCGGUCUUGGGGCAAUUUCAUGAGCUUGCAAAAGCCAAAAACUUCGAAAAGCUUGCUGCCUUCUACGAUCCAGACGCUGUUUUCGUUCAAGCUGGGAAGAGUGCAAUUUACGGAAGAGAAGCUCUGGUGAAGAGUUUUGGAGAAUUUCUAGCACGAGCGGGUAAGCUGACAAGAAAGACUUCCGAUGAACAGUAUGCAAUGUGUGGAGACUUGAUCAUUUUGACAGCCAACUACGAGACAGAAACGGAAAUGAUGGGAGUGCUGAGAGGAAAAUUCACUCAAAUUUGGCGUCAAAACGCUGAUAAGUAUAUGUUAUUACAUUUCGAGGAUGCACUGAAAUAGACGAUAUGUUGUACACCUUUAACUAUCGGAGAUUUUACAAAACAGUGUGUGUUCCGCUUAUUUGAAGGCCAUAGUGAGUUGAGUAAAGUACAC